ACCUGAGGAACACAAAAAAAAGAGGGUAUUUUUGCAAAAAUAAGAGUGGCAGAAUUGUAAAUAAUUGGAAUUAAGGGGGCAAUUUGAUAUGUUAAUAUUACUCCCGCUCUCAAAAAUUCCAGUACUCUCUCUCUCUUGCUCGGCAUAACCACCUCCGAAAACCCUAAAAACCAGUCAGAAAAACUUACAAAAAAGCUUUUCAAAAAAGUUAAUUUAACGGUCAUCUUGGGAUUUUGAAGCCCCUUUUCACCGUUGAUUUCUUCUUCCAAUCAUGAUCUCACUUUUGUGGAUUUAACAUACUUCACCAUUUGGUUGCUCCAUAUGGUAAUUUAAUGUUCUAAUUGUGGAGCCUGUGGAUGAAUUUAUUAUGCUAGGUUCUAUAAUUUCUUGAGUUGUAGUGGAGGUAAUUUUGUUGUUAAAUAAUUGUGUAGAAGCUAAAUGAUCAUGGAACAUAUGGAAGUUGUAGAUUCUGGGGUUGAAUCUUGUUUAAAUGGUUCCAUGCAAACGAGUGGUGAUUGUAAAGAAAGUGAGAAUUUGGGUGAUGUUAUUGUUGCUGAUUUCGAUUCUUAUUGGCAAGAUCUCUAUGACCAGUUGACCGACCGGUUGACCUUAUCUAGAAUGGUUAGUGAUUCUGUAAUAAAGGGCAUGGUGACUGCCAUUACACAAGAGGCAGCAGAGAAAAUCUUUCAGAAAGAACAAGAAAUUGCAGGGUUGAAGGAAAUGUUAAAUGCUUAUCGUGUUGGUAUGGAUGAAAAAGAAACUGUUGGAUCUUUGGCAAGGGAGCCGGAGUCAAAAGGUAAGGUGCAUUGUUGCUUUGUAGAAGCCAUUACUGAGCACAAUAAGAUGAAAGACAAUUUGGGAAGUCUUAGAAACACAGGUAGAGAACAGUUAGUGAAGCUUAGGAAAGAAAUCAACCAGAUAAGAGGGUGUAAUUCUAUAAAGAGGAAAAGUUCAAGUUCGGAGUUGCUAGGAUUGGGUGGCAUACUGCAUGAAAAUUCAUCUGAAAAACGGUGUGAUGUGGAUAAGAUACUUGAUAGCCUUAAUAACACUCUAGAAACUAUUUGUAAAGGGGCGGAAGACGCAGUGCACUUGUCUAAGGAAUCACUGCAUGAUUGGAAGCUACAGCAGGAGUUUCAAGCAGAAAUUGAAGCACUGGUGAUUGGGAACUGUAUUCGUAGUCUUGAGCGAGAAUUCGAAGAAAAAGUGUGGGGCAGAAUUUCUGGUGACAAAAGUAUAAGUUGGUUUGGAAGGGUGCAGGAGAUUUCAGGUCUGCGCGAGGAACUAGGUGUCAUUUCUAAUGCUUUGUGUAUUUCUGAAGCAGGUCAUCUAAUUUCUCAUGGAUCCUUUGAUAGUGAAGGGUGGUGUAAUGGUAAAGUAAAUGAUCAUUUUCACCACAAAGUUCUGAGUAAUCACGUGACACCGACAUCCUCCCACCCGGAAGAAAAUGGAAAACACGAGGAUCCUCAAGCUAAAAAGCUAGAGAGUUUGGAUCUGAGCCGAUUGAAGCACAUGUCAAAUGUUGAACUAAUUAGCUACUACAAUAAUGAGAUGACUAAGAUGAAGAGAAAUCAUGAAUCUAAAGUACAAGAGAUGACUGAAGACUAUUUUACCCUUAAGAGGGAAUAUUUGAGAGAAAAGGGGUCUUUGCUUUCAAAGAAGGAUAAGGAGUUUGAUAUGUUGAGGAGAAAAAUCCCAGAGGUGAUUUCGAAAUUGGAUGAUAUUAUUGCAGAAAAUGAGAAAUUACCGAUCUUUGCAAGUAAUGCAGAGACUCUUAGUGGUUUGAAGGAAAGAAUGGAAAUGCUUCUUGCAGAAAAUCGCCAGCUCAGGGAUUCUCUUACAGAGAAGAAGAAGGAAGUUAAGGUCCUUUCAAGACAAGUUUCUGAUGGUGCGGAGAGAAUGUCACAUCACUCAUUGUCUGAGACAAAGUUAUUACACACCAUUAGAUCUCUUAAGUCUUCUAUAGAAGAUCUUCAUAUUGAAGCUUCCAUUGGUGCAGAUGUAUUUACAUGUCUUCUGAAGGAAAUGGUGGGCCAAAUGAAUUGCAUGGCGGAAGAGUCAUUUUUGGAGUACAGUGUUAUGCAAGAGUUAUAUGAAAGCAUAAUUAAAGAAGUUUCUGAUGCUGCUCAACUUGCUAGCGACUGUAAAAUAACAGAUUCAGAUAUGCUGCCUAUCAUCAUGCUGGGGCUGACUGAAGCUAUUUAUAAAGAAUCAUGGAAAGAAGCCAAGAGUAAACUAAGUAUGGUACACACACAAUAUAUUCAUGAAAAUGAAGCUCGAGUUUCCCUCGAGAAGGAAUUAUUUGAAAAAGAAAAAACACUAGAAAUAGAGGUAGCAGAGAAAGAAAGGUUAAAGCAAGAAAUAGUUUAUCAUGUAGAAGAGAAGAUGAAGUUGGCUCAGGAGGCAGCAGCUGCAUUGGAGAUUGAGAAGGAGCAAUUGGUAUUAGCUACAGCGGAAGUCGAGUGUUUAAGGCUUCAAAUAUGUGACCAACAGACAUUGAUUUCAAAAAGCAGUAAAGAAUCAGAUGUUAUGAAAUGUGAUUUGGCUUCUGCAUUGGAAGAAAUUGAACUGUAUAAGAAGAAAGUAUCCGAGUUGAAUAAAGAUUUUGAACGCACAGCUAGAGAGUUAAGUGAAGCUGAUAAAGAGAGAAAAAUACUUAUGACUGUUACCCAGGAGAAGCAGGCUGCAAUGUCAUUGCAUGAAAGGAAUGAAAGGGUGGUUAGGAAACAGUUGGAGUCAAUGGCUAUUCUUUUUAAUGGCUUAUCUAAAGCUGCAACUGAUUUUGAAUGUCAAGUAACAAAUGGCCUAUCAAAGCAUAAUUCGAGGUUGAAAAGUGUGAAUUCGCAAUCACGUUUGCUUAUUCAGAAAGCUAAUAUACUGAGAAGAACAGGUGUGCUUUACAAGCAGAGGCUUGACCGAAGAUGUUCUGACCUUCAAAAGGCUGAAGCUGAGGUUGAUGCUUUGGGGGAUGAAGUGGAAAAUCUUUUGGGUCUUCUUGAGAAAAUAUACAUUGCUCUUGACCAUUACUCACCGAUUUUGCAACAUUAUCCUGGAAUUAUCGAGAUCCUGAAGCUGGUGAGAUCAGAAUUAAGUGGGGUUUCGUCUACUAGAUCAAUUUGAUCUGCAUAUCUGACUGCUAAGCUUUGUGGAUGCAGAUUUCUUUUGCUAUACCUUUGUUAAAACUAGUAAAGAAUUCAAGAAAAUACUUGCACAGUUGAACCAAAGAAGAUAUACCAUAAUGUCACAUCUCUGGUGUUUUUUGGGGUCCGUACAAAAAGAAAAACUGAAGAGAAGCUAAAAUGGUGGUGGGAAAAGGCUUAGAGACCUUGGUUUUUGUUUUUUGGUUCAGAUAGUUGCAUAUUUUUGUUCUAUAGAGAAAAAGCCUCCUUAUCUCCAAUAUCCAUGAGUUUCUCUCUCUCUCUCUCUCUCUCUCUCUCUCUCUCUCUCUCUCUCUCUCUCUCUUUUCUUUUCAAGUAGAUUUUUUUUUUCAGUUGUUUAUAUAGAAAAGCAGAAUUGUAUAUGUCCCUAGAGCAGAUAGGAAUUUAGCUUCUUACAGAGUAAUGUUCAGAUUCA